CGCGCGUAGCCGUGCAGAAAACUGCAAGCGCUUCACUGGCAUUCGUGCUCAUACUUACGCCGCGUCCGAGAAUUGUGCGCACACCUACGGCCGCUAGAAGCAAGCACUCCUGCAGCAGCACCACUGCAAGCACGCAGCAUGCUCGCCCGCACCACUGUAAUUCAUGCAGUCAGCGAAUACGGCGAAGCAUGGACCACGCAAGACGCGGACCGCAUCGCUGCUUUAUUUACCGAGGAUGCAGUCUACAUCGAGCGCGCCUUCGACCGCAACGGCACCUUCGUGGGACGAGAGCAGAUCCGAGAGUACUGGCUGCGGCAGAUCUGCGGCAAACAAACGAGUAUUCGGUUCCGCCACGUCGAACGGGACUUGGCCAUCGAUGCGACGAGACCGGUAGCAGUGGUCAAAUGGCUCGCGGAGUUUGACAAUUUUCGGGAGAAGCGCGCCGACAAGGCAGAGAAGCUCGUGCGUUUUUGUCAAGUCGCGCGGCUCGAGUUCAGGGGAGAGCAGAUCUGCUACCUCGAAGAAUACGGCCAGUCCGUGUCGGGGCCGGGCGCGCGCUGGCCGCCUUUAGAUGCCUCGGAGGACGAGCUCGCGGCGCGCAUCCGCAAGCGCUUCAAGGAGUCCGCCGUCGCGGCGACGUGCGACAAAUGUCAGGCGCCCUUCGCCUCGCGGUCGAAGCUCUUCGCGCACCUGCGGGCGACGCCGUGCGGCGAGGGCGUCGUCUCGCGCCCGGCGGUGGAGCCGACGGCCGCGCUGUGCUUCACGGUCAGCUACGACGAACCGCCUCGUUUACAAGAGGUGCUGCACCACGUCGUCGGCCAGCACGGCCACCUGAAUUGGGCCGUGCCCCUCCGCGUCGCCCCCGCGGCGAUCUGCAACCGCGUCGCGAUCAACGUGCCCAAGCGAAUGCUCGCGGAUCUGCCGUCUCUCGUGCGCCGGUUGCGGGAGAGACUGCCGGACGUCGACGUCCAGGGCGCCGACGUUGCCGACCGGCCCUUCGCGGCGGAGCGGCGCCAGGCUGAGCGGUAUAUCGCGCUCGUGCCUUGGAAGUGCUGCGGCGCGUCGCCCGUGGCCUCGUCGGCGGCUCCCGCGCCGACGGCGUCCGCGGAACACGUCGGCUGUCCCACGCCGUUUGCGUCGCUCGAGGCAGCGCGAUAUGUAGACGAAGCGACGUUGCGGCGCAUGGCCCACGCCGCGCGCCGCGCCGUCGAGCUCAAAGACGCGGGCUGGCUCAAGACCGCAAAAUUAGGCCGCGUGCGCUGCUCGGCGCAGGACGCGCCGCGGGCCGCGUGGUGCCGCGUGUCCAUCUCGAUGCGCCAGCCGGAGCCGCUCUUCGUCAAUACGUUGGUCGCGGCGCUCGUCGCGCACGCGCGAGGCGUCUUGGACGGCGCCGCCCUCGAUGCGGUGUUUGAAGGCUCUAACCUGCCGAACCUGACGCCGCUGCCGCAACAAUUCGUCGUUCUCGCGGGACCGGUGAUGACGAACUUCGAGAGCAAGAACAACCUGGGGAAGCCCGAGCGCGACACGCGCGUCUCAACGGCCGCGCAGCGACACCUCGCUCGCAUGGUCGCCGCCGAGGCGUCGGUCGACGACUGGGCGACGAAGAUUUGUGUGUAA